CUUCACAAAGGUUGUCUGGAGCAUCACAACACUGUCCCACCGCUUUGUUGGAGGGGCAGAAAACACUGCACUAGUUUUCAAUGAAGUGUGUAUAAAAGGAGGCAAUGUCCACCAUGGUGUACCCGCGUGAGGAGUCCCUGGAGCGGCUGAGUCAGGAUGAGAUCGUCCUGAACUGGAGACGCUCAGGGGAACAUGCCCAGCUCCUCAACUCUCUGCUGGACUGUGCUCAGCCCCCCACGGCCCAGGAGAAGUCUGGAGCUCUGAGGAAGAGCCUGGAGGCCAUCGAGCUCGGUCUGGGGGAGGCACAGGUGAUCAUUGCCCUGUCCAGUCACCUCAGCGCAGUGGAGUCGGAGAAGCAGAAGCUGCGUGCUCAGGUGCGGAGGCUCUGUCAGGAGAACCAGUGGCUGAGGGACGAACUGGCCAGCAACACAAACUAGCGAGCAGAGCAGCACCUCGAGUUCAUGAACCAAAUCAAGAAGUUCGAUGAUGACGCGUCGCCCUCGCCCAAGAACAGAGGGAGCGGAGGAGACGGGCCCAAGGACAGUUUGGAUGAUCUGUUCCCCAACGACGAUGACCAGGGACCGGCCCAGCCGAGUGGAGAAGUGGCCGCUCAGCAGGGAGGCUAUGAGAUCCCAGCCCGCCUCAGGACCCUCCACAACCUGGUUAUCCAGUACGCAUCACAGGGCCGCUACGAGGUGGCAGUGCCCCUCUGUAAACAGGCCCUGGAGGAUCUGGAGAAGACGUCUGGACACGACCACCCCGAUGUGGCCACCAUGCUCAACAUCCUCGCUCUGGUCUACAGGGACCAGAACAAGUACAAAGAAGCGGCCCACCUCCUGAAUGACGCGUUGGCCAUCAGAGAGAAGACCCUGGGGAAGGACCACCCGGCUGUGGCUGCCACGCUCAAUAACCUGGCUGUGCUGUACGGGAAGAGGGGCAAAUACAAAGAAGCGGAGCCACUGUGCAAGAGGGCGCUAGAGAUCAGGGAGAAGGUUUUGGGGAAGUACCACCCAGACGUGGCUAAGCAGCUGAACAACCUGGCCCUGCUGUGUCAGAACCAGGGCAAAUAUGACGAGGUAGAGUAUUACUACAGAAGAGCUCUGGAGAUCUACGAGUCUAAACUGGGAGCAGACGACCCCAAUGUGGCCAAGACCAAGAACAACCUGGCCACGUGUUACUUGAAGCAGGGGAAGUUCAAAGACGCAGAGGCGCUGUACAAAGAGAUCCUGACACGAGCACAUGAGAAGGAGUUUGGGUCUGUGAACAAUGAUAACAAGCCAAUCUGGAUGCAUGCAGAGGAACGCGAGGAGAGCAAGGGGAAGCGUAAGGACUGUGGACCGUAUGUUGAGUAUGGGAGCUGGUAUAAAGCCUGCAAAGUGGACAGCCCUACAGUGAACACUACACUCAAAAGCCUGGGGGCGCUGUACCGUCGCCAGGGGAAGCUGGAGGCAGCAGAGACUCUUGAGGAGUGUGCCAGCAAGUCCCGAAAACAGGGGAUUGAUGCGUUUAACCAGAGCAAAGUGGUGGAGAUCCUGAAGGACGGAGGAGAGCGGAGACAAAGAGAGAAUGGACCACAGCAGGGAGAGGGGGACGACUCUGCUGAGUGGACCGGGGACGGUAAUGGGUCCCUGCGUCGCUCCGGCUCCUUUGGAAAGAUCCGUGAUGCUCUGAGGAGGAGCAGUGAAAUGUUGGUGAAGAAGCUGCAGGGGAGUGGACCCCAGGAGCCCCGUAACCCCGGAAUGAAAAGGGCCAGCUCCCUCAACUUUCUCAACAAGAGCACAGAGGAGACUGCACAGGAUGACAACGCCGCACUGUCUGAAUCCAAGGUGUUGAGUGCCAGCAACGUGGACCUGACCCGACGUAACUCCCUGAUUGGUUAGAUCGAUUUGGGGGGGCGGGACUUUGAUGCGUCAUUCAACAACUCCUAUAGAUGUCAGAAUCACUUAGAGCAUAUUUUUAAAACCACGUUAAGCAUCGUCAUUUCAGACAUUUGAGAUCGCUGCUAUUCUUGCUGUACAAACGGCUUGUACACAUUUAUUAGCAUGCUGCUCCAUAGAAAGUGAAUGUGUGCACCUCAUACACUGUAGAUCUAAAAAUGUAUAUCUGGAGUUAUCUAGCAGUUACAAUGUAGGCUGGGUUAAUAUCAGAUUAGUUCAGAAAGAUUGUAAAUUUCACCUAUAGCAUGAGAAAAGCUGCGGCUAACCAAUCAUUAAACGUAGAGAAAGGAGACUGAAGAGUUUUGUAAUGACUAUACUUUAGUUAGACUUAAUUAAGUAUGAAAACACUUAUAUAAUAAUCAUCAAAUAGUUUAUUAAGAAUGAUGCAAGGUUAGUUACAACUUAAAGACCCUGAACCUGAUUUUAACUUAAAAAAACUUUUAAAAAAAGCAGAACUAGUCACCGUAUUUUUCAGACUAUAAGUCGCUCCGGAGUAUAAGUCGCACCAGCCAAAAAAUGCAUAAUGAAGAAGAAAAAAACAUGUAUAAGUCACAUUUCUGGGGGGAAAUUUAUUUUAUAAAUCAGAGACCAGGACCUGACAUUUCAAGUUAUAGUAAUAACAAUAGAGCAGAGAACAAAAGGCUGUUAACUUCACAUCUGAACAGUUAUAACAUAAACAACAGAACAAGUUUUACCAAACUCUUCAUGUCACUCUAAAUCACUAAAUCCAUUGAAUUCUUUAUCCUUGGUGUCACUUCUGAGCAACUUCGCGACCUCCGGAGGUAAACAGAGCGCCGCUUCCUUUUCUGUGUAGCUGUCGUCAGACUCAGCAUCAGAUCCAGUUAGAAUUAUUCUGGGCUUUCUGAAUCCUGACAGGAUGGUUUCGAUUGUCACUGAAGUUCAGGCUUUGUCGAUCCAUCCAAUGACUUCCAGGAAACUUGCAUGGUACAUCCUCCCGGUUGCCAUGAAGCUGUGUUCUCCAUCCCCGCUUUCCGUCAGUCAAGUUUUUCACUCACUCUAAUCUUUCUUUCUGCUGCUUAAUUAAAGUUUUCGGCUGAAUAUUUCACUACUUGCAGCAGGACAGCAGCUUUUUCUGCAGGAGACAUACGGAGUAGAGUGCGAAAUAACAGUGAUACAGGAGUAAUAGGAGUAGCAGAUACUGACACACAAGCCAAGAGCGCCCUCUUGAGGCUUCACUGUGAAAAUUUUAAUAUAUAAGUUGCACCAGAAUAUAAAUCGCAGGACCACACCAAACCAUGAAAAAAAGUGCGACUUAUAGUUCGGAAAAUACGGUACUUUAAAAGAAUUUGCAAUGGUCAUUUAUAACUCAUUUAUCUGAAGCAUCCUAAUUAUUCACCGCCAUGAGUUUAUAAUCUCUUUUUUUACAACUUUUAGAGACCAGAGCGGAGUUUUGCCAUUACAGUACACCUAAUGAUAACUAGCAUACUAAUAGCACACUUCCUGAUUAAUGGACAAUAAAACGCAAGACAAAUUUUGCUCAAAUACAUGUAAAAAGAAUCAGACACAGAACCUUUUUAUUAAUAGUUCUAAGUUUUAACCCCUUGAAUUAGUCAUUGGGCUGAAACCGUUCUUAAUAAACUAUUUCUUCAUUAUGAGUUAAGUCUUAGUUCAUGCUUUAUUAAGGCUAAUUAAGUGUAACUGAAUUCUCAAAUCAAAGGUAUUUUCAAAUGUUAGCACUAACCAUCUUAAACCUCACAUUUUGCCUUCUUGUUUUUGUACAUAUCGUUUUAAAUUAUUGAUGUUUCGAUCUGCGUUUUGUGCAUGUUUAUUUCACUUUGUUUACAAACUUUUUUGGGGUCAUGAAAGUUGGACUGGAAAAUACAAAUAUGAAGAAAAGAAGAAUUUAAGUGAACAAAACGAGUACCUCCAAUCACUACAAUUGUGAGUCUUGCUGGUAUUUAUUGUGACUGAAUCUUAUAUUUGCACUUAAAACCUGAAAUCAAAAUGUAACGUGGUAAAAUGCACUGUUGUCCAUACAUUUGUUUAACGUGUAUAUUAUAAAUUGAUUGACAGUUGCCGGGGGAAACCAAAAUAUGCUUGACAAUUUGAACAUUUUAAAGAUGCACUGUGUAGCUUUUCUGUAAGAGAGUUGGGUAACGUCUUAAAAUGGACAUGUUGCUUUGUCUGGAACGUUUCACAGUAUGGCAUUAAACUCUGUAUUGUCAUAAUUACAAUUAUUAUUAUUAUUAUUAUUUUUUUUUUAAGGAUAUAACAUUUAACAAAAUACAAUAAUCAACAUAAAAACUAAACAAAAACAUAAAGCAACACCCACAAUAAAUACAAAACAACAAACAAACACACACCAACACAAAUUUAGUUAAAUAAAACAAAAGUACACAUUUUUAGUCACGAUACUUAAACUAAUAUUAUUUUCACCAUCAUUUUCUUUCAUUAUCUUUUACUAUUUAUUACAGUCUCAAAGCAUAAUUUUAAAGGCAUUUUCUUUUUUUUUUUAAUUCUUAAUUACUACAUAACUACAAGUAUUUACAUUGCUCAAAAGUACCAUGAAAAGCAUUCUUACUAUGAGCGGGGUCACCUUUCCAUAGAUCUGACUUGUAAUGACAUCAACUGUUUUUGGAAAUAAAUUUUAAUACAAUUUUUGGGGUAUUCCAGGUAAUGGCAUCUCCUGAAAAGUUGCACAGUGUACCUUUUUCAAGAAAUUGUAAAAAUAUUUAAUCUUAAAUUCAUGGCAUCAGUGUGCUCAGUUCUGGGGAAAAAAAACAAAGUUUGAUGUUGUUAAAACAUGGUGAGCCUUUUUUUCAAACAUCUCUUGACUGAAACUAGUUUAGUUUACAAUCAUUUCACUGUAUUCUUUGUGUUUUUCUUGUAAACCUAAGUGACAAAUGUUCUUUCUUUCACCACCAAUUCUUGGUUUAAAUGUGUAAAACAAUCCCUCGUUUUAAGAAUGAAUCUCUAUGAAUGAAGACACUUGCAUUGUUAAACUUGAUGCAGUACGUCUGUAGUCCACUAGGGGACGGCAAACCUCACUUUGAGACUCACUGGUUGGAAUUGACUGAUUUUCUGAAUGAGACGUGAAAGUCGUGCAGGUGAUGCAGUGAAAUUUCCACAUAUUGUUUUGUUUGCUUGGUUAUUUGCUGAUGUCAACCAAAGCAAGUCAAAUACCAAGAGAAUAGUCCAGAGAAUGUAAAUAUGGGAACUGUGUAUGAUUUCUCUUCUAAAACUUCACAUUAUAAUUAAUCUAGGUUAAUCUUAAAAGUCAAAUAUUUCACUAAUUGAGUUCACAAUUCCAAACAAACUAUAGAUUGUUUUAAAAAAAUUCCUGUGUUUGAAUGUUUUAUCUAUCAAGUUUAGAUUUUUUUUAUUUUGUAGAUGUAAAAGAACAAAGUGAACAAGGAGUAGAAACUGUUGAAAGAAAUUAUUAAAAUGAUUUGGGAGAUAAGUUAGUUUAUCACAAAUAUUGUACAAAAAUAAUAGUAUUUUGUGAUGGCCAGAUAGUCACUCAUUCAUAAAAUAAUCUCAAAUCACUACUCUUAAAUCAGCACAAUAGAAUACAAUUGCUUACAAUAAACUAGAGUUAAAAUUAAAGCUGCGCUAUGUAAUGUUUCUGGCGGUUGCGGAGGGUUUGCCACCUGCUUGUCUCCAUGGAGAUGUCAUGAUUUUGUCUGGAAUGUUCCACAGUAAGGCAUUAAACGUAUAUCUAAUGAGGAAAAUGCACACAAAAGUUCUUGUAGAGGUGCAAAUGCAAGGAACAGUAAAAUAAAAGUGUAAAAAAUGAUGGUCGAUGUCUCAAAGCUUUUUUUUUUUUAAUUUUUGAAUAAUGUUUCGGCAAAAAAGCCUUCGUCAGAUCAUUUUUCUUGCAGCUUUUUUGCCGAAACGCUUUAAAAAAUUUUUUAAAACCCUUUGGGACAUCGGCCAUCUGAGCUCGUUUUGCUUUUUUUCACUUUUAUUGCACAUAUAUUUACCAUUUAUUUCAUCUUGGGGGCGAGUAACCUGCUCUAAUGUUGAUAUGCUUAAUGCCGUAUUGCGGAACAUGCUAGGCAAAGCUCUAACCUCCACUAAAAAAUUUACAAUGCAGCUUUAAGAAAUCAGAAACUCCCGUCUAACUGUUCCAAUGACCUGCAAUAAGAAAUGAUGCUCUAGUCAUUUUAAUAAUCUGUAGAUAUAUGGACACUUGGUUUAUUUAAAAUCAGUGUGUAAAUAAUUCUCAAUGUAAAGUGCAGAUUUCAAAAUGGUGUCCAAAUAUUUAUAGAAGUACUACUGACUACUACCUACCCACUGUCAUAAAACUGUACUGUACUACUGUAUACUGCUGCUGUCUCGCUUCUCAUGAUACGGAAUUGUAAAA